ACCAGUGCGUUGCUGAUUCUACACCGGUCAGCAGUGUGCUGAUGUUUUUGCGAGAAAAACUCCAUAAAAUGUGACUUUUGGAAAAUUGUUGUAUCUUGAUAUUUGCUUAUUGAAGUCAUGGGUCGACACAAGAAAGUGAAUUCAGAGACUAAAUCACCAAAAUGUGCAUCUACGAGAAGGAUGCCUGCGACAUCUGGGAGUGGAAAUACAAAAGAAACCAGUAAAAGUAAGAAGAAAAGUACUGCUGGAGAAAGAAAAGGCAAUGCCAAUGGGACUGGUGCUUCAGAGACAUCAACUGGGCGCGGAGGCGUGAAGCCUAAAGCUGAGUCGGCACCACCCGAGGAUCAAGGCCAAGCAACAACACUAGCAACUUCCACUCGAGUCAUAACAACUCCAUCAAGAUAUAGUUUUCCUUUCUUACGUUCAACUGUCAAGAAACCGGCAAAAAUUCAAAGUUCACCGCCUGGACCAUCUCAAGAUAAAAGUAAAGAGAAGGAUAAAGAGAAACAGGGCAAAGCAGAACAACCCAAGGCUGAAAGAAAGAGAUGGGAAGCUUGGAGCAACCAAGACAAAAACCUUUUCUUUGAAGCAGUUGCUGAGCAUGGUAAAGAUUUUGAAUCUAUUCAAAGAUAUAUUGGGCAGAGGCAUAAAAAGCUUGGAUAUCCACCGAAUCAAAACAAAAAUAAAGAUCAGGUUCGUCACUUGUAUUAUCGUACCUGUCAUAAACUCCUGAAGUAUGUCAAGCCAUUGCCUGAUCAACCGAGAGUGAAUAGUGAAUUGUAUGCUUUGGUGAACUAUGGAGAGCUGCGUAAGAAACUCAAGGGUGGCCUCACUGCAAAAUGGGGUCAGAAACUAAAUGAGUUAGUUUCUCAGGGGUCAACAUCAAUUCGUUUCAAAGGGAGAAACCUCAAGUUGAAAACUCCUGUUUGCAAGGCUCUUAAGAAACUUAAGGGUGUAGAUAAGAAUGAAGAGAAACCAACAAAGUUACCAGCCAGGGUAUUGCUGGAGUUGCAGCCACGUAGCAAUGCAGCUUGGGCAGAGGUUCAAGGAGUGGCACACAACCCAAGGUUGAGAUUGGUGGUACCACUCCAGAAGGACAUGGGGAAUCUGCUGAGAUUCCUGUCAGAGAAAUGGACUCCUCAUAGACUCAGACUUCUUCAUUCAUUGAAACCAGAGGACAAGAGUAACUUUAACCAAGUCAAGAUACAUCUACCAAAGGGUUCUACUGUCAUCCCUUACAAGAAGCUACACGGUCGCUUCAUCCACGCCAACAGCAAGACACCGUUCACCCUGGUAGCUACCGAUCAAUCACCAUCAAAGAAUGAAUCAGGGGAGGUUGAUUUAAGAGGAGAGGAUUCCAAGGAAGAUAUCACAGACAGAAUACUUCAUCCUGAGUUCGAUAACGAUAUCAAGAUGGAGGUUGAUCUCCUGGACAACCACCAUCCUUCGGAACCCUUGAUGCAGGAGACAAUGCCAUCUAUGUUCAGCGAUGGUAACUCCAUAGGGGAUCUCCUGUCUAACAUGGCUAAUGGAUCGUUGGAGCAGACCAAUGGGAACCUUUCAUUCAGCAACCUAUCGUUGUCGUUGUCGACCAAUCAGAACUCUCUGUCACUAGCACCUCCAGCAAGCAAUAUCCUGAUGCAGCAUGAUGCCAUGGAAACGAACAAUCCUGCAUCCUCGUCACUGGUUGGACCAGCCGGGGAUGGGGGUGUAAGUAAUGGAGUAGAACAAGACUCAUCAGAUGAUUGUAUCAAGAUGGAUGUUAUUGAAUUGGAGGAAGAGAAAAAGGAGAUGGAUGAAUUGCUCAAGGAAGGACUAACUGCUGCUACUGCUGUUGGUAUGACUGCUACAGACAUCUAUCUCAUGAUGGGGCAGCCAGAAAUGUUGAAGUUUGAGUAUGACUUUGUAAAGAAGGAGCAUCCUGUUCAUGAUGUUUCUUCUAAUCAUAUGAUGAAGAAACUUGUUCAUCUUGCCAAAACUUCUUACGUGGAAGUAUCCAAUCGCAAAGAGUAUGUGUCAGUCGGCGUUGUGACCUCGCCCAUCCGUACCAAUACACCACCCUCCAAAGCCAACCAAUCAUGCUCUACCAGGAGCCCCUCUACCAACAGCCGUAGCCCUCGUGGGGCAGGAUCAAAGGGUACCACUAGGGGUAACAACCCCACCACCAACACCAAGAACCAAACCAAGUCGAUCAUUGCCAGUAAGUCUGAUGCUAAUGAUAAGAAGGAAGGCGAUGAGGAUGGUGUACACUUUGCUGUUCCUAAAGCUGCUGCACCUGUUGCUGCUAGGAGGAACCAGGAACCAAGCCAUGCUCAAGAGGGACAAGAGGUUCUUAAUCAACUAGAACAGAUGAAGAGGCCACCAGCAAACUUUUUACUUCCUAGAAUGAAGAAGAGACAAAGAGGAGUGAAGCCCCUAGUAGUUCAGAGGACUAUCCUUCCAAGACCACUGCCCCAAGAAAGUCUGACGGAUAGCAUGGUUUCCAUGGCGAUAAUUAAUUCAUCCCAAGCCAACAUGGGUCAGUUCAUGCCUAUCAAAGUGAACAUGUCAUCCCUAGGUACAGUGGUUUCAUCCAGAGCUUUACCAAGGCCCAUUAAACCCAACGUUGGUGGAGUCUCUACCAAUACCAUUGCGGGGGUCGGCAAGACCAUUACAAAGACCGUCCUAGCUCCGCCAUCAGGAGCAGCAAAGACAGUAGUGAGGCGGAUCAUCCCAGUCAACAUCACCAACUCACCAGAGAAUGCAGGAAACCUGAUCAAUUCACCAGUACCAUUCUCACCAGUUCAUUCUCCUAUGAUGCCAAGUAGUCCUGCACCAGAAUCACAGGUAAAUCAAGUGAGCACAUCUCAGCUAUCUACAUCUCCUUCACCAUCCGCUGCAUCCCCACAACCCCUGGGAUCAUCUACUCCUGCAAGAGGGUCACCACAUCUAGGAGUUGCUGACUCCUCCCUUCUCAACGCUACAGUCAUCAUCGACCAGGGACCAGCGACACCAGCUCAACCAAUCAACAACCAGGUACCAGGUACUCCGGUGCAGCCAAUCAUCAACCAGGAAUCAUCCGUACUCAACACUCCCAUCAUGGUUGAUAAGACACAUCAGUCGUUACCUGAUAUGGAUUCAACACUCCUUGGUGACUCAACCUUUGAUCAGACCUUGUCACCAGCAGUGACUGUGGCUGACUCAUCCUUGCUGAACAGUUCUAUGGCGUGUAGUGUGACAUCUGAAACACCGUCUGCAACCACCACGCAUCCGACCACCCCCCUUAUCUCACCGCCGGAGAUUUCAGCAUUGUUGGACAUCUCAUUGCCAGCAUCAGAGAGUGGAGACAACAUCUCAAUAUCAUUGGAUUCAUCAACAUUUAAGACAUUUGGACAGAACAUCUCAUCUAUCAGUCCCAACUCCACUUCCAAUGAGCUUCUGAACAGUAGCACCCUAUCAAGAGAUAUUGGUAACAUCAGUCCUACAUCAUCGCCAUUUAAGAUCAACUCAUUAGGUCCUGAAGCACAGUGGUUUAAUGGAGAGAGUUUAGACAUCUCUAUGUCCAGUCUUCUUGGUCAUUUGGAAUCACCGGAGAAGAAGGAGAAGAAUCAACCCUCAACAUCUACUUCUGUCUCGGUGGCUCCUCUGUCCCUUCCUCCUGGUCUACUGUCAGAAUCAUCAAGAGAUUCUAUCAUCACAAGAGAUGUUGACUCUACGCUACAGGUGAUGCUGAAUGAGAAUAGCAUAGACUAUGUAACUAAGUUUGCUGAACUAGCAGCCCACAUCUCAGCGACUCCAGACACACCUCACAAGACCAACAUCAUUGAAAAGACUCUAUCAGAGGAGAAUGCACCUACGGAGUCUGGUGCCCAUCAGCUACAGCUUUCAUCUUCUACAUAGAGUUCAAUCUUGAUGGAUGUCUGCCAAGAUCGGCAUUAGUGACGAGGCUUGUGCAGAGGACAGUUCACCUAAGGAGUCUGCUGCCCAUUAGCUACAGCUUUCAUCUUCUACAUAGAGUUCAAUCUUGAUGGAUGUCUGCCAAGAUUGGCAUCAUUGACGAGACUUGAUCAGAGGAGAGCACACUUACAAAAUCUUGUGGUCCUUGGCUACAGCUUUCAUCUUUUACAUAGAUUUCAAUCUUAAUGGAUGCCUCUCAAAAUCAACAUCAUUGACAAGACUCUAUCAGACAAGAAUACACCUGAGGAUCUGGUGAUCUUCAGCUGCAGCUUUUAACUUCUAAAUAGAGUUCCCCCUUGAUGGAUGGCUGUUGAGGUAAAUAACAUCGACAAGGAUUUAGCACAGGUUUGCUGACUAGAGGUCACCUAAAGAAUCUGGAGUUCUCUGGCUAACAGCUAUCAUAUUCUACAUAAAGUUGAACCUUGUUGGUUGUUUGUGCUGUUCCCUCAAGGUCGAUAUCACAACAUUGCUUUUGCGAAAUAGGAUAGCCACCAUCCCCCAAAGAAGUAUAGCUCCUGUUAGACCUUUCUAGUCUUUAGCUUCGGUUGUCACUUUGUAUGUCAUGUCCAGGUUGGUCAAGGGUUUUCUGCCAUCUCUGAUAAUCUUGGCAUGUCUUAGGGACCAAAAUAGCUGAAAAGGUUCCUUGUAGGAGCACACCAAGGUCACACAAACAACCAAACCUUCACAUAAACUUCUCAUCAGCUAUGUAGAUCCAAUCUUGAUGAAAUGUCUUCUUCAUUUCCUACAUUUAAGCACGCACCAUAACAUCCUUGUUUUGGAGGAAUGCAUAUGGACAGAACCUGAUUGACCUCACUGAAGUCUCUUUCUUGCUUUGUAGAUUCCAAGAAUGUUGGUGAAUUUCAAUGCCAAAACCAAGCUAGGCUAUACCAAUGCAGCUUGAGCUCUUUAUCUCCUGCAUAAUUAUAAUGAGUUGGUAAAUACUCAUUUUUUGGCAAUGUUGGCAAGAAUAAUUGCAGUUUACUCUAUGUCAGCCAGUGGUUGAUGAUAUACCAGAGAGAUAAGUCUUUUCAUUUAGAACUAAUGUUUGUCUUUCCUCACUUCCCUCUCUCCAUUACAUCAUCAACAAAUGGGAGUCUUAUUUUUGUACAGGAAAGAAGAUAUAUUUAAUGUCUGACAGUAUUAGCAACAUGUAUUAGAAAGUGGACAAUAGAGGUACCUGGGUCGUUCCAUCGGGUUGGGUCCAUUUUUGUGACAUACCAGAGCUAAAAACAUGUGUCUCAUUUAAUCUAGGAAAAUACCUUCCUAUGG